CGAGGCGCGGGACUCGGCUGACGAGACGACGAUGCGUUUAGCACUUCUAAUUUUAGGUGUUUUGGUGGUGACCGAGUCGUGUAACAUCUGUUACAUGAUCACCGAGCCCGAUCCUACCGGCAAGAUGCGAUGGGUGUUCCCGUACCCCGAUCCCUGCCACCAAUGCGGCGAGAUACGCCCCGGCGGGGUCAACAUGCGUGCGCCGAAGCGAGCGUUCAAACCCGAGUACCACGACUCGCUGCUGAUCAGUAGUGAUCCUGCGGAGAUCUGCAAGUUUCUGAAUUGCAAGCCCACACUCGUCUGUGAGAAUAGCAAUUUCACCAUCAGUUGUGACGUGGGAACCAUCGACGUGAAGUGGGCCCUCUACGGUCGCGAAGACGGUACCAUUGAUUGUAAAAUCAACAAAGCUGUACCGUGCGGCGAUCCGACCACGUCUCUGACGACGGUGCAGGAAGCAUGUCAGGGAAAACCUCAAUGCGCCUUCCUUGCCGAAAACGACUUCUUUGGAGGAGACCCUUGUCAAAAUGUUGGCAAGUACCUGGUUGUUCACUACCUGUGCUCGUGGGAAAACGUCCACUAA